AGGAAAAAAUGUCGAAACAACCUCCUCGUGUCGACGACAUGUCCAUCAGGGAGAAAUCUCUAGCCGCCCCAGAGGCCACAGAAAUGGACCUCAAAGCCGGUGAAGUCAUUGGAGACCUCGAUGCAGCUGAGAUCUUCCUCCGCGACAACAACCUAUCCCACGCCUACUUGCACGAACUGCUUCAAGACGAGGCCGCUUGCAANAAGCUGGUCCGCAAGGUCAACUGGACGCUCAUGCCACUCCUCUGUGGAACCUACAUGCUCCAAUACAUCGACAAACAAGCAUUGAGUUAUGGUGCUGUGUUUGAUCUGUUCACCUCCACAGGAACGACGUCGGCUGAGUAUGGCUGGUUGACGAGUAUAUUUUACUUUGGGUAUUUGCUCUCAGAAUGGCCGAGUAGUUAUCUGGCGCAACAUUUCCCUACUGGAAAGGUGUUGAGUUGUUUUGUCGUCACAUGGGGAUCGGUCUUGAUGUUGACGGCGGCGUGUUCGAACUUUACGGGUCUCGCUAUUUGCAGAUUUAUUCUUGGCUGCCUCGAGGCUCCUAUCACGCCUUGCUUUAUGCUGAUCGUCGGCAUGUGGUUCACACGAAAAGAACAACCCGCUCGUGCUGGCAUUUUCUACUGCUUCAACGGGGUUGGCAGUAUGGUCGGAGGCAUCCUUUUCUAUGGUGUCGGGGUCAUCUUCUUGCUCUGUGGAGGCUUGACCAUCAUCUGGGGCAUUGUUCUGUUCUUCCUCCUUCCCAGUAACAUCAUGACGGCCAAGUUCUUUUCGACAGAAGAAAAAGCGCUUCUCAUCGCACGCAGCCAGACGAACCGAACUGGUGUAUACAAUAAGAAGAUCAAGUUCUCACAGGUGAAAGAGGCGUUGCUAGAUCCCCAGAUCUGGAUACUGUUCCUGUUCGUCCUGUGCAAUGAAGGCAUCAACGGAGGUUUCGCGAACUUCGGCAAGUUAAUUGUUAAAGGCAUUGCUCACGGCGAUGCACUCAAGACAACGGCAUAUGGCAUUCCCUCGGGAGCGUUUCAAGUCUUNUUUGUCUUUACUGGACCAUUCUUGGCAUCCAAGUUCAAGAACAUUCAAACGUAUAUCAUGGCGCUGUAUCUCCUACCGACCAUAAUUGGAACGAGUCUUGUCUGGAAGCUGCCAAGAGACAACUCGAAUGGUCUGCUAGUAUCUUACUACUUGAUGCCUGCCAACAAUGUAGCGGGAUAUACCAAGAGAGUGACGUCGACAGCAUUUGUGUUCCUAGCAUAUUGUAUCGGCAACAUUUGCGGACCUCAUGCGUUCCUGGCAUCGGAGGCACCUGUGUACCAAACAGGAUGUCAAUUCAUCAUCGCAUGCGCAGCCAUCCAGGUAGUGCUUGUGUUUGCGUUGCGUGCGCUGCUGAUCCACCGCAACAAGAAGAGAGAUGCAGAGUUUGGACCGGUGUCUGAGAUUGACACGAGCGAGGAGGCGAUUGAGGAUUUGACAGACUUUGAGAACCCUCGAUUCAGAUAUUCGUAU